CGCGGUCUUUCGAAAAGUAUAUACGGGCAAUUCGAAGAGCGCAAAGUCGGGGAAGAGUUAAGGAAAGGUGGAAGAGAAAAAUGAACGAUCGUUUUGUGCCACUUUCGUAGCAUACUUGAUAAAAUUAAGUGUUUUAUCACUGUCAUAAUGAAUUCGUUUGGUUUGUGUGUGAUUUUAGUGAUUUAUUAUAUCAAUAGAGUGGUAAUUUCUCAAGUUACGUUGCCCGGUCAGCCUGUGAAGGAUGCCCUCUUUCUGCACAAUUUCGUACCAAGCAAUAAUACCCUCAAAGACUGUGUUUUUCGUCCGUCGAACGAUAAAGAUCUGUGUCCCGAUCCCGACGUAAGGUUUGUUUUGUAUACCAACGACAAGCGACAACCCGUGGACCAAGGUCAAACCGAUUGGUUACGACAAAGUGUGUGGGACCCAUUGAAAGAAAAUAUUCUUUUAAUACAUGGAUACGCUGGUGGAGAAGAUACACUUCCCAUAAAUGUGGUUAGAGACGCAUAUAUGAGAAAUGGAAGUUACAACAUCUGGAUGGUCGACUGGGGAGCGUUGGGUGAGCCGCCUUGCUACAGGGCGUCGGUGCACAAUAUGCGCGCGGUUGCCAGAUGUACAGGAGAAUUCAUAUCUUCGCUGAGAAUAGCCGGAUUACCCACAGAAAAGCUGACCUGCGUCGGACACUCGUUAGGCGCUCACGUCUGCGGUCUUAUCUCUCAGUUCGUCCUGUUCAGGAUGCACAGAAUCGUGGCAUUGGAUCCGGCAAGACCGUUAAUCACGAACAACGUGAGACUGACGAAUGGAGCUGCAAAUGCGGUUCACGUUCUACAUACCAACGCCGGCCAUUAUGGGGAAAGCGGUAGAACGGGACACGUGGAUUUCUGUAUAAACGGCGGUCGAAUACAGCCUUAUUGCGAAGGGGCGGAUAUUGAUGCGCAGUUAUGUAGUCACGUGUGGGCAGUUUGUUACAUGGCCGAAAGUUUAAUGCCAUCCUUGCGGAGAAAGGCGGAGCCUUGUUCUAGAAGGUGUCCAUCGGCCCCUAGACCUGGAGUUAACAGGGUUGGAAUACCAGUUUUAAUGGGACAGGGAACUCCGUUAACAGCUUCCGGCUCGUAUUGCGUACACGACGAUUAUCCGCCAUAUUGUCCGCGUAAACAGGGCGACAUCGGCGAUCCGAGAUGUUGUUUGAAGGCACCGGAAAUUGUCCAGCCCGCUAUUGAGUCUAUGGACCCUCAAGAAAGAACAACUUCAAAUGCUGUUUAAGCGUCAAUCUCUACUGCAUUUUUCUAUUUUUGUACUUCGUA